UUUUCAAGCACCUACAGCCUUCACAAACAGAAGAAGAAGUACCGGAAGUGACAUACACAUUUUGCCUUGUCAGAAACUAUGGCUGAUCACUGCCUACUUUGUCAACAUUGGAUGUGUAUUAGGCAAUAUCUUAAGUGUUUUGUAUCAUUUCGUUGAACCAGUCUUGUGAUUCGUUGCCGGACUGUAUCUCCUUUUAGACGUCCCUGGUUAUUGAUGUUUUAGGGCUGCAAUGAGUGAUGUGGUUGAAAAAACUCUCACUGCUCUCCCCGGUCUGCUGUCUUUGGACUCACAAACAGGAGCCGGGAAACUUUCAUCCACUUCAAAAUUAGGGAAUUUGAUCAGAAGUAUCACAGAACUUACAUCCAAACAUGAUGAAGAAAAACUCAUUAAACGUGAACUGGUGGCCAUUAAGGAGCAGGUGUCGUCACCCAACACGACUAUGCGGCAGAUGAAGGAGAUGAUGGUGAGGAGCAUCUACUGCGAGAUGCUGGGCUACGAGGCCGACUUCAGCUACAUCCAUGCCAUCAAGCUGGCGCAGCAGGGCGCAGGGCUGGAGAAGAGAGUAGGCUACCUGGCAGUGUCCCUGUUUCUCAAUGAAAACCAUGAGCUGCUGCUACUCCUAGUCAACACAGUAUUAAAGGAUCUUCAGAGCACAAACCUAAUUGAAGUGUGUAUGGCUUUAACCGUUGUCAGCCAAAUGUUCCCCAAAGACAUGAUUCCAGCUAUUCUGCCGCUGGUUGAGGAGAAGCUGACUCACCCAAAGGAGAUUAUCCGUCGUAAGGCAGUGCUGGCGCUACACAAGUUUUACCUGAUCGCCCCCAACCAGGUGCAGCACAUCCAUAGUAAGUUCCGGAAAGCCCUCUGUGACAAAGACCCAGGCGUCAUGGCUGCCUCUCUGCACAUCUACCUCCAGAUGAUCAAGGAGGGUGCGGAGGCGUACCGGGAGCUGGCGGGCAGCUUCGCGGCCAUCCUGAGGCAGGUGGUGGGGGGGAAGCUGCCGGUGGAGUUUAACUACCACAGCGUCCCCGCCCCCUGGCUGCAGAUCCAGCUGCUCCGGAUACUCACUCUGCUGGGCAAGGACGACCAGAGCACCAGUGAGCUGAUGUACGAUGUCCUGGACGAGUCUUUACGAAGAGCCGAGAUCAAUCACAACAUCACCUACGCUAUUCUGUUUGAGUGUGUGAAAGCCAUCUACACCAUCCACCCAAAUGCAGAGCUGAUGGAAAAAGCUGCAAAAUGCAUCGGAAACUUUGUUUUGUCGCCCAAGAUAAACCUCAAAUACCUGGGGCUGAAGGCCUUGACGUAUGUCGUCCAGCAGGAUGCCAAUCUCGCCCUACAGCACCAAAUGACCAUCAUAGAAUGUCUUGAUCAUUCUGAUCGCAUCAUCAAACGAGAGACGCUGGAGCUGCUGUUCCGCAUCACUAAUGCACAGAAUGUGACUGUGAUCGUGGAGAAGAUGCUGGCCUUCCUGCGGUUGUGCCAUGAGGACUACACCAUCAUGGACCUGGUGGGGAAAGUGGCCGAGCUGGCAGAGAAGUAUGCACCAGAUAACCGGUGGUUCGUGGAAACCAUGAGCACGGUGUUCUCGGUGGGCGGAGACCUGAUGCCGCCGGACAUCCCCACCAACUUCCUCCGACUCCUGUCAGAGGGCUCUGACAGCGAAGAAGAUGACCGACAGUUGAGGGUGUACGCUGUCGAGUCGUAUGUCUCCCUGCUGCAAACUGACCCCACCCACCUACCUCAGCGCUUUCUACAGGUUAUCAGCUGGGUGUUGGGGGAGUACUCCCACCUCGUAGAUGUCCUGAGUCCCUCCCAGGUCAUCGACCUGCUGGUGCCUCUGCUGGACCGACCUGCCGUGACCUCUGACACACGGAGCUGGGUUCUGUCAGCGGUGGCCAAACUGGGCGGCGGUGCGUGUUCUGGUUCUGUUGUGGACGGGUCGGAGGGGGCGGGCCUGGUCCAGCGUGUGGCCCAGCAGCACAGCUCGUCUCUGGACACACAGCUCCGGCAGCAGGCCCUGGAGCUCCUGCUGCUCAGCCGCGACCCCCAGCUGCAGGCCCGUGUUCUGCCCCGCGCCACUGCUGGAGCCAGCCUGGAGGUGGACUCGUCCUUGUCCUUCCUGGAUGGUUUUGUGUCUGAGGCUUUGGCGAGAGGAGCCGCUCCAUACAAACCCCCCCACCAGAGGCAAGAGGAGCUGCGACAGGAGAAGGCCCUGUCUCUGGAGCCGUACGGUCUGUCCCUGCCCAUCAGCCUGUCCUCUUGCAGCAUAGCGGACCGCCAGUCUCCCACACUGCUCUCCAUCAGCUCUGGCCUCUCAGGAAACAGCACUGAGCUCUUGCACAGAGCUGGCUCGGGCUCCUUGAGGCUGGAUGGGGUGAAGAGGAAGUGGGGUAAAGAUGGCUACCUGGCCCAGAGGGAGGUUCCGGAGGAGCCCUCCACCCCUCAGGAGACCAGCACCCCUGCACCUCAGCCCUCCCCCCAGCAGGGCGGCGCUCUCACUCCGCCGAGUGCUGAACCCUCAGAGGAGGAGCGGGACAAACAGCAGCUGGCCUCCUCUCUUUUCAUUGGGCUCAGCUCCCAGAACUCCACAUGCUUGAUGGGGAAACCAGAGGCUUCCUCCUCCCAGCGCUUCAGGAGGAAACAAAAAAAUACUGACUCUGCCUCCUCGUCUUCAGGCUCCUCCCACUCCUCCCGUGGUGCCAAUCACUUCCUGUAUAGCAGCCUAUUGGAGGAAGGCCCUGUCUCUCCCAUCAUGCUUACGCAGAACUCUGUGGCUCAGCCCAAACAUAAAGAAGCCAAUAGUACGCUCUCAGAAGGGGACACGCCUUUUCUCCCGGCAGCAAAUGGCAUAGCUGAGGGGCAUGACCCAGAAGCCCCGGCCUCUCUCAUGUUGGCCAAUGAGGCGCUGUCCUCUGCAGGGGGCGGAGCCAGAGACUCUCCUUCCCUGAUGGGAGGUAUGGAGCUGGUGCAGCCCUGCCCUCUGACCCCUGACCCCUCUCACCGCUCUCUGUCCUCCCACCUGCCCCCGGAGCUGCAGAACCUCCCCUGCUCUGACUGCGCCUCCCUGGCGUCGGACGGCUGCCUGGCCCUGUCCUGCUGCCGCGUCCACCGAGAGGACGCCCUGGUGCUGGUGCUGCUCAUGGCCAACACUGGUGGCGCCACCCUGCUGGACGUCUCCGUGGAGCUGCAGUGCCCUCAGCUCAAGGUGGCCAGCCUCAGAGGGAAUGCUUUAGAGUCCCUUCCGUCCCAGAGUGUGAGUGUGUGUUGGUACACUCUGCUGAUGGAGGAGCCUCACACACACGUGGAGGUAACCGGCUCGCUCUCGUACAGGAAGGAGUGUGGCGCCUCACACACACCGGACAUCAGCGCCUCACACACACUGGACAUCAGCACACGGCUCUCCCUGGCCCAUUUCCUCAGGCCCCUGGUUCUCUCCACAGAGGAGUAUGGGAAGCUGUGGCUGUCCGUCUCGCAGGACGUCAAGCAGAAUAUCCAGCUGCUGGACCCUGAUAGGGACCCUCUGCGCUCCUCCCUCACCGCCCUCCAGGACAAGCUACAGCUCCACAUAGUGGACAUCAUAGGGUCGGAGGGCAUCGCGGCGUGCCAGCUGCUUCGACGGGGUCCGUGCCUGCUGCACUGCCGUGUGCAUGCGGGCGUGCUGGCACUGUGGCUGCGUUCGCCGGUGCCCGGCCUGCCCGACGGCCUGCUCUACCACUGCCAGCGGGCUCUACAGGAGCGCUGACCGCAGAACCCUCUCUGGUUCUCCAGCACGCUCACCAGGAACAGCAGAGGGACGGCGGGACUGAUUAUGGAACUCUCCUGGACGCUAAACCAGCAGGUCUUAACUCAGUGGUGCUGGAGGCAGUGUGCUCCAGCCUUGUGCACCCUCAGGACUGACUCCAGGGUUGGGGGAAGGCUGGUUCAUGCAUUACCAUAUUUAUUGUUUUUAAUAACUCCAUGUUGCGUUUGUGUUGAGCUUGUGUGGAUGUCUAAACUGCAGCUGUAUGGAAGGACCCAGAGCUGCAGGCCUUCAACAGGCUCUUUUUAACAGUCACUUUUCUAAAAGUCACCCCAUCACCCCCCAGACUCCGCUUGUGUUACAGCAGUGCUGAGGCUGGUGGAAUUAACACUAGAGCAAACUUCAUUUGAAUGGCCGACGCAUCUCACCUUUCCCAAAAACAAUAGUCUGCAAUAACUGUUUUGAUCUAUGCAUUUGUUUUGUAAGAACUGAACCAGUGUUUGUUGUCAACACAUUUGUUGCUGAAAUUUAUUUUUGUAUUGAGCAGCUAACAUAUAAAAAUCCAUUGCCUUA